UAAGAAUGUGCCUGUUCUAUUUUUAAACAAAGAAAACAAUCUGAAGUUGUCUUUAUUUUUAAGUUAUCAUGCCGUGAUUUUACCAGUCCGGCCCACUUGGGAGUAGAUUUUUCUCCAUGUGGCGCCCGAUCUAAAAUGAGUUUGACACCCCUGUAUUAAAGGGUUCAAAAUAUAUCAAAGGCGAUGCCAUUUCCUUCGUUUAAAAGUACAAGUGCACGUAUAAGUACAUCGUGUGACAAGUGAUCCACGGGCACUAUGACCCAGCAGACAGCCCGCUCCUUCACGGACACAUCAGUGGAUGUCACAGACAGUAUAAAAGCUGCUCUUUAACAUUCUUCUCGUCAGUCAGCCACUGGUGGGCUUCAAGGAGACGCACCUGUGGAGAACUUGUUGCCCUUCAUGCGGAUUAUGUCCCCCACACGCCGGAGGAGCAGGACGUCGUCAUCAUCAGUGGGUCUUGUCAGGAUGAAGAAGGGCGAACUUUUAUUCCUACGAGGAUUGGAUUACAAGUGAAAACCAAAAAAAAAAAAAAAAAAACGUCUUCAUGUUAUACCACACCCAAUCAUGUCAGACGGCGGGAAGACCAUGAGGCAAAAGUGAUGGAGGUCGCGGGUCAAGCGGAGCCCACCGAUCCGGUGAACGCCUCCAACCUCAGCCUGCCGGAGGACGCGGGCUCCGGCGCGCACAGCCUCGCCUACCAGAUCAGCCUGGCGUCCCUCCUGUCCGCCAUCACGCUGGCCACCAGCCUCUCCAACGCCUUCGUCAUCGCCACCAUCUCCCAGUCCAAUAAGCUCCAGACGCCCGCCAACUUCCUCAUCGCCUCGCUGGCGCUCACCGACCUGCUGGUGUCCAUCCUGGUCAUGCCCGUCUGCGUCCUCUACACGGUCACCCACGAGUGGACGCUGGGCCAGGUGGUGUGCGACGUCUGGCUCUCGUCGGACAUCACCUGCUGCACGGCGUCCAUCCUCCACCUGUGCGUCAUCGCCCUGGACCGCUACUGGGCCAUCACGGACGCGGUGGAGUACUCCAAGAAGCGCACGCCGGGACGCGCCGCCGGCAUGGUGGCCACCGCCUGGGUGAUCGCCAUCUCCAUCUCGCUGCCGCCGCUCUUCUGGCGGCAGGUGAAGGCGGACGAGCUGACGAGCUGCGGCGUCAACACGGACCACAUCUUCUACACCAUCUACUCCACCUUCGGCGCCUUCUACAUCCCCACCCUGCUGCUCAUCGUCCUCUACGGGCGCAUCUACGUGGAGGCGCGCCAGCGCAUCCUCAAGCAGUCGCCCAGGCGGAAGAAGAAGAAGGCGGCCGGCAAGAGGCUGACCUCGGCGUACUUGGCGACGAACUCGCCGGGCUCCAACGCCUCCACCAGCCCCCUGCAGGGGGGCCGGCUGCAGGACGCGCCCUCCAGCGACACCAACUCGUCCACCAGCGAGAACCAGGUGAAGGUCACCCUGUCCGACGCGGCUCUGGAGAAGAAGCGCAUCUCCGCGGCCAGGGAGAGGAAGGCCACCAAGACCUUGGGCAUCAUCCUGGGGGCUUACAUCGUCUGCUGGCUGCCCUUCUUCAUCUACACGCUGGUGGUGGCCACCUGCGACGGCUGCGUCCUGCCCGAGCUCUUUGACUUCUUCACCUGGCUGGGCUACCUGAACUCCCUCAUCAACCCCAUCAUCUACACCAUGUCCAACGAGGACUUCAAGAAGGCUUUCCACAAACUGGUGCGCUUCAGGUGCUGCAGGGGGUGAUCCCUUUAAAAUGUUUGAUUUAUUUGACGACAAAAAAACAAGUAAAUAUUAGGAAGCCACGUGGGGAAGGAUAAGGACACAAAAUCCAGUGUUUUAUUGAUUAAAGCUCCUAUAUCUUAGAUAUGGCUUUGCUAAAAAAAAGAAGAAUUUAUUGCAACAUUAUGACCACUUACUGCACAAUCUAAUCAAGUUUUAUUUUCAUGCUUUAUUUACUUUUUAUUUUUUUGACAUCCAGUGCAAGAGUUACACUGACUGGGUUUGUUAAAGGGUGUUUAAUCUGUUUAUUUUGUUAUUGUGCAGCUGCCAAAGACCACAGCAGAAUGCAAACAUAUUUCUUUUUUGAAAAAAAAAAAAAAAAAACACACACAAAACCCCUUUAAAAUGAUAUUUUAUGUAUAUUUUUAUUAUUUAUUUAUUUACAAUGUUUUUAUUUAUUAUUCUCACUAUUAUUUUAUUAUAUUUUCUACUCAUUUUUUAAUUUAAUUUAUUAUUUAUGUAAUAAUGAUAAUGGUUUCGAUUUAUCUUGCACUUUUUGUUACAUGAUUUGAGCAAAUAAAGUUAUGUAAAUUUAGUAAAACUUAAACAACAAUUGUUUAUGUCAUUCUGACAAUAACAUUGCAUUUGUGUCAAAAUAUAGAGGUGUUUUUAAAGUUAAUUUAAAUUAAUUCAUUUACUGUGAUUAAUCAUGACUAAUCACAAUUUAAAAGCGUGAUUAAUCUGUUUUUAAAAUUGUAAC